AUGGCGUUGCGGGUGGGGGCGGCUGCGUUGAAGUUGCGGAGGCUGGCGACGCGUCUGUGUCCGGUGCCGACUGCGCCGAUGAGUCGUUUACUGGAUGCGUUUGUGGCGAUGGAGGAGACGGAGGAGGGUGGCGGGCCGUUGCUGUGUGCAGUGAGUGUCUUGGGGACUUCGGGUUCGCUGGUGACCUUUACAUCAGCGCGGGGUGCGAGUCGGUCUUUUGCGUUCGGGAACGUGUACGAGCCGUUGGAGGCGCCCAGUUUGCUGCAUGUGCGGCACGUGUUGGAUUGGCACCUGUACUUGCGGUUGGGACCGCGCACGGUGGUGCGUUUCUCCGUGGCGCCCAGCUGGGACGUGACGCUGGCGGACGUGCUGAACGCGGUCUGGGACCCGGGUUGUGCGCGUAAGUCGCUCGGCCUGCGCCUGGUGCAUUACUGUGCCCUCGCCCAGACGCUGCCGCUGCAGGAGCCCGGGCCCGGUCGUCUCAGCUCCGCCGAGGAGAGCGCCAUCGACCUCCUCCGCACCGGAGGCCAGCCGCGCCACCUCUUCCCGCACGAGAGGGGGCAGCUGCUCUGCUACAACCUCGACCCCAUCGGCCAGGGCCGCCUGGGCAGCACCGGGCCCCUCGGCGGCCAAGGCCCGGACCCGGAGGGCAACUCGGGCCCAGGGGGCAGUCCGGGGGGCCUACUGGCUCCCUCCUCUGCGCAGGUGAUCGCGUGCACCGGCGAGUUCGUGGACAAUGAAGGCGCCGCUUACUACCCGGUGGUCGCGGGGCCAGCGCACGCGCGCGAGAACUACCUGGGCCACUUCAUGUUGGAGUGCACUCUGCGCCAGCUCAAGGUGACCUACGUGCCCGCGGGUCGCGCCGCGGCGGUGCCGGUCGCCGAGACCGCGCAGCUGCCGGAGUGCAGCUUCGACCGGCUCACGCUCUACCACGUCGGCGUCACGCCCGAACGGCUGCUCGAGGUCGCCGGCAGCCGCGGCGCGCUGGCUGAGUUCGUGCGCCGCAGCCCCUUCCUCUCGAGCGUGCGCCUCGGCCGGCGUCUCGCACUCAGCGCGCCUGCGGCUGCCUCCUACGAGAUCCUCCAGCAGGUCCAGCGCCUCGGGCUCUGUCUCUACCGCAAAGCGCCCACGGCCCCGGCGGCGCCCACGGCCCCUGCGGCGGCUCCCGCCGCAGAGUUUGGCAUGAAGGUCUCUAUUUGGAACACGUGGGCCCCGGGCAGUCCGAGGGGUUCAGGAAGCGAGGUGGAGACGGGAGAGUGCGUGUUCGAGCUGGACGGCGGCGGGUUCGUGGUGAACCGUCCGCUGGCGAGGCGUGGAGCGUGCGGUGUGCCGUUGUUGCCGCCGGGACAUGCGUUGAGGGAGUUUGCAGCGGCGCGAUUGGCGGUGGCGCCUUGUGCCUUCGAAUCGCGUUUGAUCGUGGCGGGUGCGGGUGAGGCGGACGAGUUGCGUGAGUUCGUGGUGCCGAAAUCCGUGCCGCGCGCGUGUGGUAUGCUGGGCGCUAGGGCGGGCGCCUUUCGGGUGCGGGGCGGUGCGCCGGGGGCGUAUUCGCGAGCCGUGUUGCCGCACUUGCCGCACUUGGCGGGCUUCGGCGCCAAGGGAUUGUUCUGCGCAGUGCUCCGCGGUGCGCGCUCGGUCUGGCUUUCGGAGGACUGUGCGCAGUGGACUGCCUGCGCUGCGCCUGCGCCGCUUUGUCCCGCCCACGUCGUUGCCGUCGCGCGAACCGGCUACCGCAGUCUGCGAGCUCUCGCCGUCGUUCAACCCGGGGCGCCUGCGGCCGGCUCGCUCGCCCGGCGCUGCGAGCUGCACUGGCUGCGCGUCUCCGACACGGAGUGCGCUGCCGAGCUGCUCGCCGCGCACACGCUGCACACCCACACGCUCCUCGCCGACGCGCUCUACCUCGAAGACCGCCGAGCCACCGUCGUGGUCGAGGUCGAGCUCGCCGAGGCGCUCUUGCGCUUCCGCGUCUCCCUCUACCGCGAGGCCUUGGGUGGGGCGUUCGUCUCCGGCGGAGCGGCCUCUGGUGGAGUCGCGCGGAGUGAGUCGGAGUUUGCGUUGGCGGGUGCGGCUUUCCGUCUAGUAUCGAGGGUGGACGGCGAGUGCGUGUACUACGCGACGGAGACGGAGUUGUUUUGUUUCGCUCCAGAGCGAGGUUGCUGCCGGCGCGUACGUUCGUUGCCCAAACUUGGGUUCCCGGUGUUGGGCGAGGACGGCGCCGUCUGGUUCCUUGCGGCGGGGGCGUUGCUGGCGGGGCGCGGGCGGCGACUGGCGUUGGGUCAGCAGGAGCGCGUGCUGGCGGUGCAGCGCUGCGCCGCGGCGAUCGUCGUCGUGUCCGUUUGUCGCAGCCGGCGACUUGACGACCACCUGUUGAUGCGGGAACGGCGCUGGGUCGCCGCUCCGCGCCGCGCUUCGUUCCCCGUUCGCGGUGCCAGUGUCACCUGCGGCUCUGAACUCCGCAGCCCCGACCAACGCGUCUACUUCCUCGGCGUCAUCGACCACCGCGCCGGCCCUGCGCUCCACGCCCGCGCCAGUCGCCAGUGCGCCAAGUGCGCCGCGCCGCUCGCGUGGCCGCUCGCCGACCCACCCGUCCUCCUCCGCGCGCGCCCCGGCCUCAUCUGUCUGCUCACGGCGGGGGGUGGUGGAAAUGCGCUCUACCUCCUCCGUGAGAGGCUGUCCGGGUUGCUCGAAUCUGCGUUCUGCAGCUGCGACCCGCACCUCGCGUUUGUGCCCAGCCACCAGGUGCUGGCCGCGCACACGCCGCGGGGUGAGCCCGAGCGGCGUGAACUGGCGCAGCUGCUGGCGCGCGAUGGCGACCGCCUCCUCUGCCGCGGCGCCGACGGCUGUCUGCACUGGGUCCCGCGGGCGCAGUGCGUGUCCGCGAAAGCGCGUGCCACUCUGGAGGAGGGCGCCGGUCUACAAGAGGGUGGCCUGGAGGAGGGCCUGGAGGGCGCCGGCCCGACGGGUGCGGGUCUGGACGAUCUGGAGUUGCCGCCGCUGCUGACGGUGGAGGCGUGCGUGCGGCUGGCGGGCGCGCCGGUGGACGUGGCGCUGGCGGUUGACAGCGUGGCGGUCCUGACGACGCAGAGUCUGGCGUUGUUGGUCUUGGAUCCUAGUUCGCUGAGCGUUACGAGUGCGACGCAGGUCCCGCUUGCGCACUGCUACGCGCGCCUGCUCCCCCUCUUUGGCGACUGCUGGCUGCUCGGUAGCCGCGACGCGAGUGUGCAGGACCUCUUUCACGGGCGCGCGCGGCGCUUGCUCGGUUUCUGCGGGCCCGCCGUGCGCGCCUCUGUCCCGCUCGACGCCGCACACUGCCUUGUCCUCCUCGAACGCAACGCCCUCGGCCUCCUGCGACGCAGCGACCGGGAGGGAGAUCGAGUGAGGGAUCGGGCGGAGGGCGACCGGGAGGCGCCGGGCGAGGUACAGUUAGUGAAGCAGUUCGCGGUGCCGGAGCUGACGGACCGCGCGCACCUAAGUUUUCGCCGGCGUGAGUGCGGUGGACUGGCGCGUGUGGAGGUCGCCUGUCCGGCCGGCCGGUUGGGAGUGAUCGCCUGGCUGGAAGGUUACCUGUUGUGGCUGGACGAUGCCUCGCUCUUGGCGCACGCGGAGCCGGAGCCGGAGCCGGAGCCGACUGCCGCGCGGCCGUUACAGCAGACGCUCGCGCGCCUCUGGGAGUUCUACGCCAGUUGCGAGUGGCUUUCCGUCCUCGACUACUUCGACGUGCAGGCGCUCAGCCCUCGCGGACUCUCCACCUGGCGCACCAACAAGCGCCCGCGACGCACUACGCCUCCCGACCAGACGGCCGAGAAGCAGACCGGGGUACCCACUGUUCCUGGCCCCGCCGAGACUCCCGGCCUCGAGCCAGACACGGUGAUGGACGAA